UCUAUAAAUUAGAGGUCCAAUCUUACACCCACCUUUAUAUAAUCCUAACCGAAAAAAUUCAAAAAAUUAUUAGCUGCCAAUUUUUCACCAAGUAUAUAUAAUUUAUAUUCACUUUAAUUAGCAAAGUAUGUCCUAUAUUGGAACAUUCAUAAUACAUAAAUAGGAUAUUUGAAGCAUAAGAUCUGCACAUGUGAAGCACUUUGAUACAUUAGAGGUUGGACCUUGGACAUUCCCUCUUUUAUAUAAUCCUAACCUAAAAAAGUCGAAACACUUUUAGCUGUCAUUAUUUCACUGUUUGUCUAUACAUUUUAAUGAGUAAAAUAUGCAAAGUGAAAUUGCCCCCUUUCACCAUAAAUCUAUUAUCAACAGUACUUGUGUGCCUAAUUUCAGUCGGUUAAGUGAGUGGUGAAAAAAUGGUGGUGGGUUGUAGCGGUCGCCACUUGCUAAAAACUGGCAAAACUCUGACAUUUUCCCACAAAUUGCCGCUGGGGCCUCCCUAUAACGCUCUCGGGUGCAACGGCUACUCUAGUUUGUCCGCGAAUACGCGUACUAGCAGUAAAAUGUCUUUAGUUAGGUUUUAUCGGAGACUGCAUUAUUCCAAAGAAACAAGUAGAUCUGUUUUGACCAAAUUGUCCCCACAAGAGGUAGACAGUAUCCUGAGGGCCAACGAGUACACCCACGAGUUCAAAGGGGGAUCGGUGAAAUCCUACGACUCGAAUCAACUUCCGUCCAAUAACCCGAUCGAAGAUACACGCUCAGAAGCUUCAUGUCUCCUUACCACAGGUUUCCUAGUAGGAGUAUUCGACGGGCACGGAGGCGGCGCCUGCGCCCAAGUAAUAGCCAAACGACUAUUCAACUACAUAACCGCUUGUCUCCUGCCACACGAAAAUCUCCUACAGUACGUCCUAAACGUAAACCAACCGAAACCUCCAGACUUAUUAGAAUCGUACAACGACAACGUGCAAUUCGUCGAGGACGUCAGGGACAUUUACCGCGAGAGUUUCGUCCAGUUCGUGAAACAACUCUCCGAGGAGGGCCGUCGCGGGAGCAACGUUGAAAUACGUGCCGCGAUCGAGAGGGCGUUCCUACGACUGGACGAGGAUCUGAGCAAAGAGGCGUUACCCAAGGACGGGAAGAUUAACGUGAAAACGUUGUCGGUGGCGAUGAGCGGAGCUGUGAGCUGUGUCGCGCACAUCGACGGACCCCAUUUGCAUGUGGCUAAUGUUGGGGACUGUUGUGCGGUCUUAGGUUCACUGUCAGACACAAACUCCUGGGUGGCCAAGAAACUAACCGAAGAACACAACACGUACAACCAAGCGGAAGUAGAGCGAAUUUUCAGUAACCAUCCGGAAUCCGAGAAACAAACGGUCAUUAAAAUGGACCGAUUAUUGGGCCAAUUGGCCCCGUUGCGGGCAAUGGGCGACUUUAGGUUCAAAUGGAGCAAAGAAAUUAUGCAGGAAUUGGUGGCGAAACAUUUUGGGGAGCAAAUGGUGCCUCCUCACUACUACACGCCGCCUUACUUGACCGCUCGACCGGACGUCACUUAUCACCGGUUAACACCUCGAGAUAAGUUUCUUGUUAUUGCUACGGAUGGACUAUGGGAUUGUCUGACGCCGUUACAAGCCGUAAGACUGAUAGGCGAACACAUGAAAGGCAAAGUGACCCUCCAUCCGUUAAAACUGCCGCGAAAAAACAUGAGACUGAGCGACAUCAACGACAUGCUGCUGCAGCGCAAGGAAGGUUUAAAAAUUAAACCGAAGGACGGGAAUGCGGCGACGCAUAUGAUCCGGAACGCGUUGGGCGGCACCGAAUACGGAAUCGAUCACAGUAAGAUCUCGCAAUUGCUUACGUUACCGGACGAUGUCGUGCGGGUAUUUAGGGACGAUAUUACCGUAACCGUAGUGUAUUUCGAUACCGAAUUUUUAAGACAUUGCCCCGCGUAGCGCCGAGGGGAGAAGCCAAGUUAGUUAGGGUUAUAUAAAUUCGAUAUUUAAGGAGGAUGUUUUGUUGUUGUUCUUGUUGUUGUUUUUGGGACGAAUGUACAAUUUUCAGGGCAUUUUUAGCAAUGUGUAUAUACGUAACGUGUAAAGAGUUGGAUGUAUUGUUAUUGUGCGUAAUUACAAGCCUAUAUUAUGUCCAGUGGAUAUUUUAGAAAGAAA